UCUCGGUUUCGCUUGGCUGUGCGACUUGUUGAUGAGCUUCAUCUCCGCUACAUGAUCCGUGAGCUGCGCUAGCAUCGGCUGCUACCUUCUUAACCGAAGAAUGAGCGAUAACGAUGACAUCGAGGUUGAUAGCGACGAAGAAUCUUCAAGUUUUCACUCAACGGCAGACAAACGAGCUCAUCACAAUGCGCUGGAGCGCAAACGCAGAGACCACAUCAAAGACAGCUUUCAUGGCCUGCGCGACUCUGUGCCCGCCUUACUGGGGGAAAAGGCGUCUCGAGCUCAGAUCCUAGACAAAGCCACAGAGUACAUCCAGUACAUGCGCAGAAAAAACCACACGCACCAGCAGGACAUCGAUGACCUGAAGAAACAGAACGCUCUGCUAGAGCAGCAAGUUCGUGCACUGGAGAAGGUGAAGGGGGGCACGCAGCUGCAGGGCGGCUACUCCUCCUCAGACAGCAGCCUGUACACUAACCCUAAAGGCAGCGCCGUGUCUGCCUUCGACGGCGGCUCGGACUCCAGCUCCGAAUCCGAAUCGGAGGAGCCGCCCUCGAACAAGCGGCGCCACCUGGAGGCCAAUUAAGCCUUCUCGCUUCUCCUGGUCAGAGACCGAUGUAACCCUCCUUCCUCUUCAAUCCCUCGCGCUCGAUCCUUCUCAGUCUGCACCAACCAGAGACUCCACCCACCGUUUCCGUCUUUAGAAGCUUCCUGUGUGCCGGGCCGGACCGGACCAAGCCAAGCCGAGGGAGGAAAACCUGCUAGAAGAGAAGAGAAGAGGACUCCUAUCUUUCCCGCGGUCCUCACCUCCUCCCCGAGCUCUCGCGGUCUGGGCUCGUCGUCUGGCACGUGCGUCUAAUGAGCAACAUCUCGACCCUAAAACGAGGCAGCUUUGUGAUUUAAGAACUCGGUGCAUUUUUUUUUGUACCCUUGUUCGUAUGAAGGGGCGAACGAAGUGUGCAGCUCCAGGCACUGCUAAAUGUUUUGUUUUGUUUUGUUUUGUUAUAUUUUUGUUGAAUUUGUUUGUCAAGUACUUAGUUAUGCUCCAAUCAUCGUUUCAAAAGAGUGAGACGCCUCCAAAUAUUUGUACUUUUCCAAAAAUAAGCUUUUUUAGAGUAGUAAUUAUGCACAAGCGAAUCCACGGUGGGUCAAUUGAACUAGUGAACGACUUUAAAUGGAUGUGUUUUAUUAAAAACCCCAAAUGUUAAUUUAUCUUUAGUCUCUAACGUGACUGUUUUGUAGAUUUGAUCCAUUUUGGGGAAGUUUAGUUCGGUCAGCGUGGUCUUACCUCCUUAGAGAAGGUCAAAGGUCUGCCAGUUUUUCAGUGUGAUACAAACAAGUUGUGAAUUUUGAACCCCCCCCUCCCUCCCCUUUCCCCGACUUCUUUACCUGUGUUUCGGAGGUGUGUUUAUAUCAGUUUUUAUUAGAUUCUAUAUAUUAAAUAACUAUUUCAUUCCAUAUUGUGUGGAAAAUAUCGGUAUGUCAUACAUACUGCCAAAAAAAACAUUCUGCAAAUUGAAGACUAUAAUAAAAUAUUUUACCCGUA